AAUAUCCGUGAAAAAAAGAGGGAUCUCGCAUUAGGUCACCACUUCUUCAUCUCCUGAUCCAGGUAUUCCCUUUCCGUGUUUUAUUUUAUGUCCUCCUAUUCCACUAAGAACUCUAUUCCAGUGUCUAUUUUGUAAGGCGCCAUCACCAGUCAUUGGCUGUCCCAUCAUCACCAACAGAUCCACCGAACAAUGCACCGCCGGGUUUUGUUUUGCUCCAAUCCACCAAGAACUCCAGUGCCAGGUUUUGUAGCAUCCCUAUAUUGCCCAUUGCCUAUCGCAACGCAGGAUGAACUAGUGGGAACAGAAACACUAUGGCUGCCAGUCUCUCCCUGACUCAGCUUUCAAGUGGGAAUCCUGUCUAUGAGAAGUAUUAUCGGCAGGUAGAUCCGUCCAGCAGCGGGCAUGUAGGAGCUGGUGAUGCAGCCUUGUUUUUAAAGAGAUCUGGCCUUGCAGACCUGGUCCUUGGCAAGAUAUGGGACUUGGCAGAUUCCGAACGCAAAGGCUCGCUAAACAAGCAGCAAUUUUUUGUUGCCCUCCGUUUGGUGGCGUGUGCUCAGAAUGGACUUGAAGUUGCUUAUAAGAGCCUGAACACUGCCGUCCCUCCCCCAAAGUUUCACGACACUAGCAGUCCUCUUCAGUUUGGCUCUGUGCCUGCCGACACCCCAUGGGUAGUCAAGGCAGAGGAGAAGGUGAAAUUCGAUGCCAUCUUUGACAGCCUCUCUCCAGUGGGUGGCAUGCUCACGGGCGAUAAGGUCAAACCAGUGCUCCUCAACUCUAAACUCCCAGUGGAUGUUCUUGGCAGGGUUUGGGAGCUCAGUGACAUUGACAGAGAUGGCAUGCUGGACAAAGAUGAGUUUGCUGUGGCCAUGUAUUUAGUAUACAGAGCCCUGGAGUCUGAGAUGGUUCCCAUGUCUCUCCCAGCCGCUCUGAUUCCACCAUCAAAACGGAAACCAGCAUCUAGUCCUCCUGUGAUGCCCCUUCUACCAUCACCAGCACAGCAUAAAGAGAGAAACUCGGCCCACUCUGGGUCUAAAACACUGCCAGCAAAAGCAACACCAUCACAGUGGGUGGUAUCUCCAGCAGAUAAAGCCAAAUACGAUGACUUAUUCGCCAAGACAGACACUGACAUGGAUGGUUUGGUAUCUGGUGCUGAAGUCCGAGAUAUAUUUCUAAAGACUGGUUUGCCAUCAGCAACUUUGGCCCGUAUUUGGGAACUGUGUGAUAUAGGAGAUGUCGGAAAGCUGACCCGAGAUCAGUUUGCACUGGCUCUAUAUCUUAUCAAUCAGAAGCUGUCAAAGGGAAUUGAGCCACCUCAGACACUCUCUCCAGAAAUGAUUCCUCCUCCUGAUAGACUGGCACGACAGAACAAUGCUGUCACACUGCAGGCUGCAGAUUUCUCCGCAAUAAAAGAGUUGGACUCACUUACUAAUGAAAUCAUGGACCUGCAGAAGGAGAAGAGCGUGGUGGAGCAGGACAUCAAAGACAGGGAGGAAACUAUUCGACAAAGGACCAGCGAAGUCCAGGACCUGCAGGAGGAGGUUCAGAAGGGCUCAGAUGAGCUGGGCCGCCUGCAGGCCGAGCGGCAGGAAGUGCAGGAGAAGCUAGAGAGGCUGGAUGAGCAGAAACGCUCGCUAGAGGAGCAGCUCACGCUUAUUCAACAGCAAUGCAGCCAGGAGAGCCAACUGAUCCAGUCGUUGCAGGUGCAGCACUCUGAGCAGGAGCAGAGAAUCAGUGACUAUGAGGAGGAGUUGACCAGAGCCAGAGAAGAGCUGCUCCAUCUGCAGGAGGAGACGCGUCAGCUGGGAGAGAAGGUUCAGUCUGCUCGAGCUCAACUCUGCCCUCUAGAGGAUGCCGUCAAAGAAUCCCACACGCAGAUUGUUCAGGAACAGGAGCGUUUGUCUGAGCUUAAAAUGGAGGAGAGAGAGGUGACUGCACGGCUUACUUGGAAAAUCCUGGAGGAGCCGGUACUAGUCAACGGAGCGGCGCCCUCCAUUGAGCAUCCAGAGCCAUUGCAGUGGCCUCAACCUACAGCACAGCCACCAGAGACAACCAAAGAAGACAAAGUGCAGGAUGAAGAGGAGCAGUCAUCCACAGAUGAGCCACAAGAGCUUAAGGUCACAGAGGAGGAGCCUGGGUCUGAGGCCGAGGAGCCGUCCAGCAGCCCAGAGCAACAGGAGAGCAAACCUGAACUCUACAGCUAUGAUCUUUACAACAGUGCCUUCUCCACCAUCAGCUCCACCUCUGUCAACUGGCCUCAGGGGAACACGGAAAACACAACACAAGAGGCAGAGGUGGAUGAGGAGAGGGAAAACACAGAAGAGCGUCCUGCCACCAGCACACCAAAGGCAGAGACUGUGGAGCCAGAGAAGAGAGAAACUGCUCAGCCAGACACAGAGCCACCCAGCAACCCACCUAGCGGCCCUGGCCUUGACUUCUUCCAGUCUGACCCUUUCACUGACAGUGAUCCAUUCACUGAAGAUCCUUUUGCAAAAGUUGACAUUUCAGAUCCUUUCGGCGGGGAUCCUUUUAAAGGCACAGACCCAUUUGCAGCAGACAACUUUUUCAAGCAGUCUUCUGGCAGCUUCCCUUCAAGAGAUCCUUUCAGCUCCUCUGACCCAUUCAAUACCACAGGCCCAAAAGAGCCUGAUCUAUUCACAUCCAAGACCACCAAUGCAGUCACUCCAGACCCAUUUGCUUCUAGUAGUGGUAACCUCCAGGACACUGAUCCAUUUGGAUCCAAAAUGGACGCACUGGCAGACUCUGAUCCGUUCAGUUCGUCUGGCACAGGACCCGACCCGUUUGGAGGCUCAGAUGUGGUUGCGAGAGAUGGACCAGCAUCAGCCAAUGAUCCUUUUGCUCCUGGAGGAACUACAGUUGUCGCCAACUCAGACCCAGAUAAAACAGACCCUUUUGCUGCAGUAUUUGGCAAUGAGACUUUUGGCGGAGGUUUUGCAGACUUCAGCAGCUUAGCAAAGUCUAAUGGCAAUGAUCCAUUUGACUCCAGUACAAACAAGAAUUUAUUCAAGGAGGACACCCAGUCAGAUGUACCGCCAGCAUUACCACCCAAAACAGGAACCCCAACCAGACCUCCACCUCCACCCCCAGGUAAGCGGUCCAACAUCCACCGAUCGGAGUCGUCCGAGUCAUUUCACCGCCGCGGUCUGUUCAAGGCCCAGGGAUCAGCAGAGUUCUCCUCCCUUCCCGCUAAAGACUCGGUACCAGACCCCUUCGCCCCUUCCUCACCCCACCAAGCCCCGUGCGACCCCAACCGAUUCGCCAGCUUUGACAAAUAUCCCACCGAGGAGGACAUGAUAGAGUGGGCCAAGCGGGAGAGUGAGAGAGAAGAGCGGGAGCGCGUGGCCCGUCUCACCCAGCAGGAGCAGGAGGAUCUGGAGCUGGCCAUCGCCCUGAGUAAAUCUGAGCUCUCCUGACCCAAGCGGGACACCACUCCCAAGACCUGAGCCACGUCAACACGGAGGAAAGAGCUGGAACAACCACCAAUAGCACAGUCCUUAUACUUUCAUCUCCAGCUACGUGAAUAAUCAUCCCUCCGAGUUCUUCAGUUUUCCGGAUAUGGGCUGGAUGAAAGUAUGAAGGUCAAGUCGAGACGGAGAAAAAAGGUAACAGACUCACUUUAGCCUAUGGCUUGAAUACGUUGGUGUGACUCCUAUGUUUUUAAAUAAGACGCCUCAGAUCAAAAGACUUCCAGUAAUCUAUCGCUUUCUAUUUAGAUCAUUUAAUUCUCGGUUCAAUUGAACAAGUCUAUUCCUCAUUUAUUUGAAGUAUAUUAUAUGGUUAUUAUCAAUGCAGUGAAUGUAUUUAGUUCUGUGACGAAAGGUGUAACAACGAGUGCCGUUCUCAAUUUCUUUUGGCUAAUAUUAAACGCAUUUGUCCGAAGUUUACAGGCAGACAAGCUGAGCAGCUUCGUUCACUUUUUUCCCCACAGACACUAGAGGUUUUUAUUGCGGGCAUGUCUGUCCUCUCUCAGGAACAUAUCCUACAUGCUAUAAAAACCUCACAUCUGCCACUUGACCUGUGACUUUCAGUGGUAAAUGAGGUGCUUGGAACAUUUUAAUGGAGCUGAAUUUCUACCCUACUAAAUGAGAACAUUAAUGACAUCUAGAAACGAACAAAAGUUUGAUCUUUUAUAAUCUUUACACCCUUUCUUUACUCCAACUCAAUUAUUGAAGAAUCAAAAUCAUGACAAACUUCUAGAGUUGUUUUUUUGACGUCGCAAAUUUAUAAAUAUCUGUUAUAAAUAAUGAAAUUGUACAUAUUUAUGAAUUGUUUGUCAGUAAACUUGUACUACGUGUGUAUUCAUAUCCUAAACAUCAUCUAUUUUAUAUAUGAAUAAAAACAAACAAUGCAGAAUACAUGAAUACAGAAGUAUUCAUUGAAACAAUUA